AUAAUACAUUCCAAAAUUCAAAACACUGAAAAAUAUUAAGAUCAUAGCAUUCCUAGCCUAGCCUAGCCUUUUUAUUAGAAAACCUUUCGAAAAUGUCGAGCUCCGAGGCUGCCGAAUGCUUUGCAAAGCAUGAAAUUGUUCCAGAUAUACUUCCUGUGGCGCCCAAUGAACUACUCAAGGUCACCUAUGGAGGCGAUCUGGUCGUCGACAAGGGAGCCGAACUGACGCCCACUCAGGUAAAGGCUCAUCCGAGUGUGGAAUGGAACGCAGAGCCGGAGGCGCUGUACACGCUACUGCUGACCGAUCCGGAUGCGCCCAGUCGCAAGGAGCCCAAGUUCCGUGAGUGGCAUCAUUGGCUCGUGGUGAACAUACCCGGCAAUCAGAUCGCCAAAGCUGACGUGCUCACCGAAUAUGUGGGCGCCGGGCCGCCCGAGGGCACGGGUCUGCAUCGCUAUGUGUUUCUGCUGUUCAAGCAGAAGCAGAAGCUGUCCUGCAAGGAGAAACGCAUACCCAAGACCAGCGGCGACAAUCGGGCCAAGUUCAGCACCACCAAAUUCGUGGGAAAGUACGGUCUUGGCAAUCCCGUGGCCGGCAACUUCUUCCAGGCCAAGUACGAUAGCUAUGUGCCCAAGCUGUACAAGCAGCUCGCUGGCAAGAAGUAACAUUAAAAAUAUAUAUACAUAGUCACAAAUUGUAGGUACAUUUAUCUAACUAAUUAUUAAACCAUUAUAAUUCGCAUUGAAGCGCGACGAGCUAUAAACAAAGAGCU